AUGAGCAUGGUCGUUCCUGUCGCAAACUCUCGCAUGUGUCGCCAGUCGCGUCGUCGUCGUUUUUCGCCGACCUUCUCAGCAACGAGCCUGACUCUCAACUCCCAUCAACCCCAACCAUCCUCCCUUCCCUCCCUCCUCCCCUUUCUCUCCCCUUCCACCCUAUCUCCCGGUUCCCCCUCUCUCCCCUUCCGCCAUCUUUCCCCUUCCCACCUCUCACUUCCCCAGCCGCUGGUGGCAGCAAGCGCGGCGUGCGUGGUGGCGCAGUGCUUAAAGCCUGUUAUAGCGGCCGCAGCAGGGGACGGCUUUAACUGGCGCCUUGUGUUCAAGUCCGGCGGCAUGCCCUCCUCGCACUCCGCUGUUGUGACAGCUCUGGCUACGUCAAUCUACUUCGAGCGCGGAGCAUCGGACGCUCUUUUUGGAGCAGCAGUAGUGUUUGCCACCAUUGUCAUGUACGACGCCCAGGGGGUGCGCGGAGCAGUGGGGAAGCAGGCCCAGGUGAUCAACUCCUUGGUCGUGCCGCAGUUGCAAGCACAUGCCGAAUCCCCCUCAUCCGCGACAAUGCCGCCGCAAGUGAAGCAAGUGAGGCUGUUGCCUGCGCCUCGACUUGUGUUCGCGCAGAUGUUCCUCCAAUCCCCGCCGUGGUCAGCAUCAGUAGCAAGAGGAGUUGUGGGAAGAACGGUACUGCUGGUGAUGCUGGCGGUGUGCGUGAUGACGAGCCCGGUAGUCGCGAAUGCCGAGCCAUACGCAGACACGGGCCCCAUAGACCCGGAGACGGACCCCGCGGUGCUUGCGCGCAUGCUUCCGCUCAACGUGCGCGCGGGCGGGCCGUUCGCGGACUGGAUCACGGGCGAGCGCGAGUGGUUCAACGUGAACUACUACUUCGGCAAGGGCGGCAACGACCUGCUGGACACGCAGCGCAGCAACGACGUGAUCUGGGGCGGCGAGGGCGACGACGGGCUGUACGGCGAGGACGGCAACGACACCAUGAUGGGCGGCCCGGGCAACGACCUGCUGUGCGGGGCCCCAGGGCGGGACAUCAUAUACGGCGAGGAGGGCGACGACACAGUGCUGGGGGACCCGUGUGGCAUAGGGAACAUCUGUGAGGGGCCGCAGGUGGUCUACAACGACUGGAUCCACGGAGGGCCUGGCAAGGACGUGCUGAACGGGCAGAAGGGCGACGACGAGAUCUAUGGGGGCACGGGCGAUGACAGGUUGUUUGGUGGGGAAGAUGACGACUAUCUGAACGGCGAGGAGGGCAACGAUGCUCUGUUUGGCGAGGCGGGCGAUGACUACCUCGUGGGGGGGCCGGGCAAUGACACUCUCUAUGGCGCUGCUGGCACCGACACUCUAUACGGCGGCCCUGGAUAUGAUAUUCUGAGGGGCGGCGGCGGCACCAACAUAUUUGUAGUGGACGCCCAGCCGUGCGGCACCUUUGACCAGAUCCGCUACUUCGUGCCUAAGAAUGGUGACCAGGUUAUUGUGGUGGCGGGAGGGGGAGCCACAGGCAGGGAGCUUCUCAAGAAAGGCAAAGCGGCAGUGACAGUGCAGACGGUGAAGCACGUCACAGGCAUCUACGUGGACGGCUGUGCCAAGCCCAUAGCGGUGUUUACAGGGGUGGACAUUCCCGCUGCUCCCAUCGCCAAGGCUCUCAAGCUGCAGGCCGACCCCCCGCCUCCUCCCUCCUGGGUCGUGGGCUACAUCCCCCCGCCCAUCCCGGGCAAGAACGGCAUGCCGCCCAUCCCCCCAGACAACGUGCUGCAGGGCAGUCCGUUCGGGGACAACCUGUACGGGCUCAACCACUCCAAGGAGAUCGGCAACUUCAUGUUUGGGCUGUCACUAAACGACAAGCUGGUGGGCGGGCCGGGGCCGGACGUGAUACUGGGGGGCAAGCACAACGACACCAUCAUUGGGGGCGCCGGGGAUGACCGGCUGUCGGGCGGGUCGGGAUACGAUUUGAUUCUGGGUGGUGGGGGGCGGGAUGCGCUGUUUGGCGGGCACAACGUGGACAUCCUAUAUGGAGGAGGGUGGGGCAACUGGAUUACUGGAGGGGACUCGGCAGAUAAGAUUUAUGUGGAUGCACCGAGCAGCUGCCAGGCCACGGGGCCCGCCCCUGAUAUCAUCAAUGACUAUGACACGGACAAGAUAUUCAUCGUGGGCUCUCUCACGUCCCUCUCUCAGCUCUCCAUAGCCACCAUCGCCUCUGGCACCACCAUUGCUCUCAAGGGGUGUGCAACGCCAUUCAUCUUCGUGAGAGGGGUCUCCAGCCUACCCACUUCCAACAUCUUCUUCACCACCCCGGAUGGCAUACCUACGAAACCCUAA